AUGGCGGCGCAACCAGUCAGUGUGCUGAUCACAGGAGCAAACCGAGGCCUGGGCCUGGAGAUGGUUAAGCAAAUGCUUGAGGCCCCCCAUCCAGUAAGAAAGCUGUUUGCUUGUUGCAGGAACCCCGAUGGACCCAGGGCUGAGGCCUUGAGGACACUGGCAAAGAAGCAUCCUAACAUCAUCUCUAUCAUCCAACUAGACGCCACCGACCUUUGUAGCAUAAAGCAGAGCGCCCAGCAGGUGGACUCUCUGGUGGGGACAGGAGGUCUCAACCUGCUGAUUAACAACGCAGGGUUCCUGGCCAAAGGCACCCUGCAGGAAACCAGUCCAGAGGACAUGAAGAUAACUUUUGACACCAAUGUCAUUGGCCCUAUGAACAUCAUUAAAGAGUUCCUGCCUCACCUUCGUGCAGCAGCGAAGGCCAGUAAGAUGUCUGGGAUGUCGAGCAGUAAAGCAGCAGUCAUAGGAAUCUCCGCACUUCUAGGUUCAAUGGAAUCUGUAAAAGAGUCAUAUUCCUUCCUCCCUGCCAUCUCCUACCGCAUCAGCAAGGCAGGUCUGAACAUGCUGACACUGUGUGCUGCAGAGGAGCUGAAGAUGGAUGAGAUCCUGGUUUCUGCGCUGCACCCUGGCUGGGUUCGCACUGACAUGGGAGGAGAGGGGGGGGACAUUGAUGCUCAGGAGAGUGUGCAGGGGAUGCUUAGUGUGAUCUCUUCCCUGACUGAGAAGCAGAAUGGAGCUUUCCUGGAUUAUAAAGGCAAGACCAUCCCCUGGUAGCUUUAAACAACCACUUUGUGUUUAAUCGGCAGCAGUCAUUCACCAAAUACACCCAAGUGAAAUAAACCAAUACCUGUUAUAAUUAC